AUGUCUAGAGGCUAGAAUGACAAAUAAGAAUUACUGAUCAAGAUUGAUGACAUAGCACUGAUAGAAUACGAGGAGAGAGAGUUCUGGGAGAUUCAAAAGACCGAGAAAAAUGUUGAGUCUCUUUAAACUCAGAAUGUAUUAAAACCGGUCAUAUACACUAAGCACAAGUUGAGACAAGGAGGAGAGUCUAGUUCAGUGUUCUCAUUGAUAGCAGCCACUAUUGGAGCAGGAACACUGACGUUUCCUUAUGCUAUUCAUCUUAAUGGAUUAAUUUUGGGGACUGUACUCAUAGUUAUUGGUGCCAUCAUUUCCUAUCAAUCCGGCAUGCUCAUUGUUGCUGCUAGUGUUUACACCUAGAAAAGCAGAUAUGAAGACAUAUCAUUAGCCUUAUAUGGCCCCAAGAUGAAAUACCUAACCUCUAUUUGCAAUCUAGGUUGUCUACUUGGCUUUAUUAUGUCUUUUAUAGUAUUUUAAAAGGAAUCAAUACCAUUGAUCUUACAUACAUUAACUCACAAGGAUAAUAUACCCUAUUUUAUGAGUGACAAUUUCACUGGAGAGGUCUUUUGGGGAACCCUGUACUCUUUUCUCUUAGUAUUUCCAUUAUCACUUCCUAGAUAAGUUGGCAGACUGAGUAUCGCUUCAGCAUUAGGAGUGCUGUGCACUAUAUAUGUAGCCAUAGUCGUCACAUUCAUAUUCUUGACUGAUAAGCAGUUAGUUCCAAGUCCAAUUGAGAACCUUAAGAAAGCCUCGAUGAUCAAACUUUCUUUCUCUGGUGUUACUGAGUCUUUUCCAAUGAUUCUAUUUGCCUAUAUGUUCUAAGUUAACAUUACUAUGAUAUAUAAUGAGCUCGAAAGAAAAAAUAUGAGAAGAAUGAAUAAGGUAGUAUGGAGAGGAUCAUUUGUUGGUAUGCUGAUGUAUGCAUUCGUGGGGAUAUUUGGAUAUCUAACAUUCGGCAAUCUCUCUUCGUUCCUAUCUGUACUUGCAGCAACACCUCUAUGUAUAUUACCUGCAAAAGAGACAGUUGAAGAGCUUUUAUACUAGGAUAGGAUUAUGACAAAGAAAUAAAAUAUUAUUUGGACAUUUAUCCUGCUUUUUAUCAGCUACUUUUUUGCAUUAUUCAUUCCAUCGAUUGGAGAUGCUAUGGCUCUUGCAGGAUGCACAACCAAUCCUAUGGUAAAUUUUAGUAUAAUGAUUGUGCAUAUAGAUUGGAUUUAUCAUACCAGUGAUGCUAUAUUGGAAAAUACAUGA